CCGGGGCGGGCCCGGCAGCGGCGGAGGGGCGGAAGCAGCGGCAGGAUGGCGGGGCACGGUCCUGUGCCCUCGUCCUGCGACUGCUUCGUGGCCAUGCCGCCGCACACGGCGUCCCCCGCUGUCAUCUUCGGCAAGAACGCCGAUCGUCCCCGAGACGAGGUGCAGGAGAUCGUCUAUGUCCCCGCUGCCACCCACCGGCCUGGGGACAAAGUCCAGUGCACGUACCUGGAGAUCGAGCAGGCGGAGCGCACGCACGCCGUGGUGCUGAGCCGCCCUGCCUGGCUCUGGGGGGCCGAGAUGGGCGCCAACGACUGCGGGGUCUGCGUGGGCAACGAGGGCGUGUGGACCCGCGAGCCCCUGGGCGAGGCCGAGGCACUGCUGGGCAUGGACCUGGUGAGGCUGGGUUUGGAGCGGGGCGGCUCGGCCCGGGAGGCCCUGGAGGUGAUGACGGCGCUGCUGGAGCGCUACGGCCAAGGCGGGAGCUGCAAGGAGGAGCCGGUGCCCUUCGUGUACCACAACACCUUCCUGCUGGCCGACCGCGCCGAGGCCUGGCUGCUGGAGACGGCCGGGCGCUACUGGGCGGCGCAGCGCAUCCGCGAGGGCAGCCGCAACAUCUCCAACCAGCUGAGCAUCGGCAGCGAGAUCACGGCCGAGCACGCGGGGCUGCGGGAGCGUGCGCGCAGCCAGGGAUGGUGGAGCGGCCGCGGAGAGUUCAGCUUCGCACGCGCCUUCUCCCUGGAGAAGGAGCCCCCGCGCAUGGAGGCGGCCAGGGCACGGCUCCAUGCCGGCAGGGAGCUGCUGCAGCAGCACGCAGGUCACAUCACGGCGGAGACGCUGAUGUCCAUCCUGCGGGACAAGGAGAGCGGCAUCUGCGUGGACGCCGAGGGGUUCCGCACGGCGGGCAGCAUGGUGUCCGUGCUGCCCCGCGACCCCGCCCUGCCCUGCGUGCACUUCUUCACCGCCACCCCCGACCCCUCCAGGUCUGUCUUCAAGCCCUUCGUGUUCGUGGCCGGCAUCAAGCCGGCGCCGCAGGUGAGAUCCCCGACCUUCCUGCAGGAUCCCGCCAAGCAGAUCCCGAGGUUCCAGAGCUCCGUGGAUCGGCGGCACGAGCUGUACCGCCGGCAUCAGGCGGCGCUGGAGCUCAUGGAGCGGGACCCGGAGCGGGGCCAGCGGCUCCUGGGGACGCUGCAGGAGCUGGAGAAGCAGGGCCUGCAGGGCAUGCGGGAGCUGCAGGAGGGCACCGUGAGCCCCUGCCCCGAGGAGCUGGCCGACCUCUUCUUCGACUGCGUGGAGGCCGAGAUGAAGUUUUACACCUAAACCCCGCACAGAGCCUCGCCUGGGGGCUGGAUGGCGCCAGGAGCUGGCUGGGACCCGCCGGACGCCGGCAGAGGUGACAGCUGUGCCCCUGGCUCCCCCUGGGGACACGGCCGGGCUGUGCUGUCCCACCCCGCGCCCAGCAGCAGAGCCCGGCGCUCCCGCAGCUCCUCCAGCCGCGCCCGGUGCUCCUCGCGGCUCACGGAGCGCCUCCACCGCGCCCGCCCCGCCAGCUCCCGCUGCACGCCCGCGAGGAAACCUGCAGGGACCGGGACCAGGACCGGGACCGGGACAGGGACAGGGACAGGGACAGCAGCUCCAGAUGUGGCACUGCCAGCCCCGAGAGCCAGAGGGCCGC